UGCUUCCUCCCCGAGAGCCAGCUCACCGAGCGCAGGGACAGCCGGGGACACCUCUGCAAGGUGUCAUCGGAGACCGGCCAUCAGGUGCACUGGACCAAAGAGGAGAAUUACAUGUUCAAGCUCUCAGCGUUCCAGGAUCUGUUGCGGAAAUGGCUGUGGGACAAUCCACGUGCCAUUUCUCCUGAACCUUUCUACCAACGUGUGCUCCACUGGCUGGAAGAGGACUUGCCAGACUUGUCAGUCUCUCGUGAGAGAAGCCGGUUGCAGUGGGGUAUCCCCGUCCCCAGUGACUCAACACAAACUAUUUACGUCUGGGUCGAUGCCUUGGUGAACUAUCUGAGCGUGGUGGGUUACCCUGAGACACACGGUGAGUGGUGGCCUGCAGCUUACCACGUGGUGGGCAAGGACAUCCUCAAGUUUCAUGCUAUCUACUGGCCAGCGCUGCUGAUGGCAGCGGGGUUGGCUCCUCCUGAGCGAAUCUUGGUGCACUCUCACUGGACUGUCCAUGGACAGAAGAUGUCCAAAAGCCUGGGCAAUGUGGUUGACCCCUUUGCUUGUAUGGGACAAUACACAGUAGAUGGAUUUCGGUAUUUCCUGCUAAGGCAGGGGGUACCUGAGCGAGAUUGUGAUUAUUAUGAUGAGAAGGUUGUUAAGGUUUUGAAUUCAGAAUUAGCAGAUGCUCUUGGAGGGCUUCUGAAUCGAUCCACAGCCCUCAGCAUUAACCCCAGCAACACUUACCCUUCCUUCUCAGAGUCUUGUUUUCCAAAGGUCUUGGAUUACAGGGAGACAAAAGGCACAGGUAGAGCUUCUGCUGAAGACUACGAGUUCCUGGCAUCUGUGGCUUCUCUGCCUCUGCAAGUGGCUGGUUAUUUUGAAGGUUUCCAGAUCUACAAGGCUUUAGAAUGUAUCACCUCGUGCGUAAGGCAGACCAACAGUUUCUUCCAGAGACACAAACCUUGGAAACUCAACCGACAAGACCCUGAAGAGCAGCUCUGGCUUGACACCAUCAUCCACGUGACGCUGGAAUGCCUGCGCGUGUAUGGGACGCUCCUGCAGCCCGUGAUCCCACACACUGCAGACAAGUUGCUCUCCAGAUUGGCUGUUGAGCCAGAAGAGAGAAGUCUCUCAAGUCUGAUGUUUCUACCACGCUACCAUGGGAAGCCGUGUCCCUUUGAAGGGAGACAGCUGGGACCUGACACCGGCGUCUUAUUUCACAGACUAGAGAAGGCGAGGUAGAAACCCAGAAGUUUUAGUCUCUGACAAACAGCUCCUGUAAAUAAAAACCUCCAG